AUGACGGGUUUGUAUCUAUUGACUACAAUACAAGAUGACUCUUUGGCUGAGGGGUGGGGGGAAAAGUGCAAAUAUAGCCUUGGAGUGACCUCUGUACAAAAGUAGGCAUUGUUACAAAGCUAGAAGAAACUCAAGAGUGAUAACGAACAGUACGAGAAAAUAAUAAUUAUUGGGACCCUCGAUCGGGGGGGAACGGGAAGUUACCACUGAAAUUAUGAUGUGAUGAAAUUCAUGUAUCUUUUGAAAGCUCUGUAUCUUUUUGAUUUUGCGCCUAUGAUUUGUACUUACCAUAAAAACUCAAUAAAGCAUUAAAAAAAGAGACUACAAUACAAGAUGACUCUUUGGCUGGAAAAAGAAGAACUGCAAAUACUAACUGAUUAAAUACUAAUUUAAACACAUUGGUUUGCAAUUACAUGGAGUAGAACCCUUAAUCAUCUAAACAACUAGAGACAUCUCACAAGACAGGGACACAGCACACACCUGGCUUGAAGGGAGACUUUAUUGAUAAUUUUGAGUUGAUUGAUUUAACUGAAAUAACCUCCCACAGAAACAUGUUUGGUUUCAAGGGAGUAGGGCUGGGUGCUAGGAAUUAAAAACUCCAGCAGUUAUUGUUUGUGGUGUCCUGAGGCUCCUGUACUUUUACAGCUUAUUGGAAUAGCCUGGAAAUAAAGUUUACUUGAAGUUUUCAAUGGCUGCAGAUUUUAAAAGCCAGGACUUUACUAUUUCCCAGUGCGACCACUUCACAGCUGUCCAUGGAGGCGCAGGUCAAUUCUGUGUCCAGGGUGGCUGUCUCCCAGCUCCAUCUGGUACGCAGGAUGAGACCCUACCUCUCCGCAGACUGUCUCGCCAGAGUGGUGCAUGCUCUGGUUAUCUCCUGCUUAGAAUACUGCCAUGCGCUCUUUGUGGGGCCACCUUUGAAGGUGACCCAGAAGCUACAAGUAAUCCAGAAUGCAGCAGCUAGACUGGUGACUGGGGGCGGCCGCCGAGACCACAUAACACCGGUCUUGAAAGACCUACAUUGGCUCCCAGUACAUUUCUGAGCAAAAUUCAAAGGGUUGGUGCUGAUCUUUCAAGCCCUAAACGGCCUCAGUCCAGUAUACCUGAAGGAGCAUCUCCACCCCCAUCGUUCUGCCCGGACACGGAGGUCCAGCUCCGAGGGCCUUCUGCCAGUUCCCUCCCUGAGAGAAAUGAAAUUACAGGGAAACAGGCAGAGGGCCUUCUCAGUGGUGGCACCUGCCCUGUGGAACGCCCUCCCACCAGAUGUCAAGGAAAUAAACAACUCCCUGACUUUUAGAAAACAUCUGAAGGCAGCCCUGUUUAGGGAAGCUUUUAAUGUUUAAUAGCUUUUAAUAUUUGAUGAAUUAUUGUAUUUUUAUAUUUUGCUGGAAGCCACCCAGAGUGGCUGGGAAAACCCAAUCCGAUGGGUGGGGUAUAAAUAAAUUAUUAUUUCCUCCCCCCCUUUCCCCCCUAUUAUGUUUUUACUGUAAUUUUAUUGGUGUCAGCUGCCCUUAGCCCGGCUCUGGCUGGGGAGGGCAGGGUAUAAAUAAAACUUAUUAUUAUUGUUAUUAUUAUUAGAGCAGCUGACUAGCAGUUUUAUUUAAGCAACAGGAAUAAGCACAACUGAGUCUAUGGAGGACAUAAUUGUUAACUAAAUGAUUAAAAAACACCACCACCAGUGGUGUUCUUCUUAAACCGACUCUCCUGACUGUUCCCUGCUUGAAUUCUAGCAAGCGGCAUCCCUGCCAAAAUCGUGGCCGCCGUUGAUGUGAACACAGUGGCCAAUGAGGUUUACAUUCACAACUUUCCCGCCACCCCACUGUGGCCUAAGACAAUCGAGGUGAGUAGUCGGGACGAUGCGAAACUAAUUCCCUUGCAAAUUCGGAGUUCUGAUCUCAGUCCGGGUUAAACUGACAGGUCAACUUGAUAAAUUAACAGGAAGGAUCCAAGGCCUAUGAGACCACAGAUUCACUGAAGACUGGAGUAAAUUUGUAGACUAUUUGAAAAGUAUUUGCGAUGAAUAAUUAACGUUUGUAGGUUUGCAAGAGGCUCUGUGAAAAUAAUAUUAGAAAUAUUGUAGAAAAGGGAAUAAGAGGCAGGAGGUUUUUAAUAAAAGGCAAUAUUAGAUUAAGAAAUGCGGAAGAAGGACUAAAACGGAGGAUUUGCAGAAGAGCUGAGGGAACUCAAAAAAAUGUAUUUGUGAAAAAUUGUGUUACGUGUUUUUAUAUUUUUGUAUUGCAAAAUGAAUAAAAAAAUAAUUAAAAAAAAAGGAGAGAGGGAGGUUGGUCAUGUGGAAGUGGAAGCGCCCCUAGUUAUAAAUGGAUUGCAUUUGUCUUUCUUUUGCAGUUGAAAUGGAAAUAUCCUUGCUUUUGGAAUAGGCACACACAAUUAAGAGCCAAAAAUUUGUUUUUGUCUCAGUAGCUUACAUAAACCUGGAAACAAUAUUAUAGCCACUUAUCCUGCAUGGAAUAUAUCCUUGCUGGAAAAGAUUUUUUGUUUUGUUUUUACUAGUUAUACCAAACCAUUGUAGGUUGCAAAAUGUCAUGGAUAUGGUAAAUAACAUGUUGAAGUAAAUUUAAAAAUCUAGGCUUUGCUUGAAAAAUAAAUAAAUAAAUAAACUGACAGGUCAGGAUUUGUAAGAAAGCGAACUAGGUGUUUCCACCAAAGCCACAGGGACCCGUGUUGCUAGUUAACUUUGAGGCUGGAUUACUGUAAAGCCGUCUUAUGUGGGUUUGCCCUUGAACCCAGAUCAGACAUUGCAGUUGGUACAUUAUGUUGCAGAUAGGGUGCCGUCAGGGCCAGAUUUAGGUUUGAUGCGGCCCUCAGCUCCUGAAGGUAAUGGGGCCCUUGAUAUGUCCAGCUGUCCUUUGUCAACAACAAAUUAUUGCCGUUUUUGUGUGUUGAAUAUAUGCUAAUUUAUGGACCCAAUAGGUAUCUCAAGUCAUUUGCACAUGCAGAAUGUAGGCACCCUAUAUAUAGAAAGGAGCAAACCUGUGAUAUUUUAGGGAGCAGGCUAGCAGGUGGGGCCCCUGACUUCCAUCAUAGGAGCCAACACAACACAAACAGUAAAAUAAUAAUAAUAAAAUUUUAUUUAUAUCCCGCCCUCCCCAGCCGAAGCGAGGCUCAGAGCAAACAAAACACUGUUGCUGUAUUUUAAUUUGUUUUUUUAUCUUAUAUUUUGGAAAUGUACAUCUAGUUCCCCCCCACCCUUUAAUUUUUUUGGGGGCCCCCAAGAGAGUGGGGCCCUGAGCUAUAGCUUGUUCAGCUUAUAUAUAAAUCCAGCACUGGGCGGCCUCCUGUGAACACAAAUCACUCGCCCUUAAAUAACUGUGUUCACUGCCGGUUCACUCCCUGUAUGGGACAGCUCAGCUGCAUAUUCCUGCAUUUCAGCGGGUUGGACUGGAUGAUCUCCAGGGUCCCUUCCAAGUCUACAAUUCUAUUGACUCUAUGACUGCCUAGCACCUUUGUUCGAGCAUCGACAACUCUCUUAAAAAUGCUGUGUUUUCUUCUUGUGGGCAUUUAAAUUUUAACAAUGUUUUGAAAGGUUUCUAAUCUAUUUUAAUUUUAUUUUUGUAAGCUUCCACUGUUAAUCUCAUUGGAAUAACUUUGGAGCUGUUCCUGCUGUUCUCUUAAAGGGAUUAGCUAAUAAAAUUCUGGGCUAUGCACAGUCCUCAUGGCUCUUUGACGUGACUUAACCGCAACUGCAAAGAACAUCGUCUGUGUAUUAGAGAAUGGCUCUCCUUAUGACAAAACACAUGGAUUUAGCAGCGUUACUUUUAUAAGCUAAAGCGGCAACAUGCAAAAUGGAAUGUGAACACAUCCUAUUUUAACACAGAAGGAAAGAAUGAAAGCCCUUUGUGGCUUAGGGCCCUCGUAUUUAUGGGACCGCCUCUCCUGGUCUGCCCCACAGAAGACCUUAAGGUCCAUGAACAACCAUAGUUUAGAGGUCCCGGGCCCUAAGGAAGUCAGAUUAUCCUUCCCCCAGGGCCAGGGCCUUCUCAGUGGUGGCUCCAACCUGGUGGAAUGCUCUGUCCCAUGAGACCAGGGCCCUGCAGGAUUUAACUUCCUUCCGCAGAGCCUGUAAGAUAGAGCUAUUCCACCUGGCUUUCAAUUUGAACUUAGCCUGAUCUUUUAUUCCCCUUCCUUCCCUCCCCUCCCCUUUUUAUGAAGAUUACCCACUCUGGGAUCCCACAGCUAAUUCUCCCCUGGUCUCCUCGCUGGCCCAAAUAAGGACUAAUUUAGCCAGCUGGUCCUGGUGAUCAUCAAAUGUUUAUUGGAUGGAUUUCCCCCCUAAAUUGAUUUUUGAAUUCUGAAUUUAUUGUUAUUCACGUUUUAUACUGUAUUUUAUGCUGUUUUUUGUUGCAUCAAUUAAGUUUUAAAUUUAUUGUUAGCUGCUCUGAGCCCGGUUUUCUGAACUGGGAAUGGCAGGGUAUGAAUAAAAAAUUAUUAUUAUUAUCAUUCAUAAUGUAAAAUGCCUAACUGAUUUAUUUAUUUAGGGAAUAUCCCUGAAGGACUUUGACAGGUUGUCUUUCGAUAUGAUCUUGAUGAGCCCUCCUUGUCAACCCUUUACGAGGUGCGUGUUUCAAAUUCCCCGUUUCUGUUUAAAAGGAGAGGAAAACAUGUGCUGAUGUAGAUCUUAUGGUAUUAAAUGCUUCCAGAAGGGAUAUCGGAUAGCUUGACUUUUUUUUCAUUUAAGGUUGUUUUUUUUUUAAUGAAGUACAAUAGUACAAAAAUUAAUGACAUUUAAUAAAGUAAAAAAACAAAAAACAAUACUCUUAGAUGUACAUUGCACCAGGCUAAAUGAUAAAACCUUUAGAUAUAUAUGGUGGCGUACAAAUUUAAUAAAUAAAUAUUAAUAAAUUUAAUUAAUAAAUAUUAAGUUUUACUUGCAGUCAACCCACUGAGAGUAAUCUCUCUAAGUUAGGCAUGUCUGUUAAUUCCAAUGGGUCUACCCUGAGUAGGGCUUCCACACCAAACUCUUAUUUGUGUGAAAUGAAAGAUGGAAUAAAUUCUCUAGUCAGAACUCAGAGCUCCAUGCAAGAAAGUUGAGUCACGUUUGCCAAUAGCUUUGAUUCUCUUCUCUUCCUUGUCUGCAGAAUCGGCCGACAGGGCGAUGUUUCGGACCCCAGGACCCGGAGCUUUCUCUAUAUUCUGGAUAUUCUUCCAAGGUAAUCAGCUCAAAAGUGGCUUUUCUUAAGGCGAUUUCCCUUCUCUAGAUUUUCUGAAAUACACACAGAAAUACUGCUCUGUAAGCAAACCGUUUUGUGCAACCUCUCCAACCCUGAAAAGAGUCUAGUUUGGGUGGGUAAUGUUACCUGGAAGUCUGCAAACACACUUCUAAUCUUCCUUGGCCAAGCAUGUCUGAGUAGAAGAAGAAGAGAAGAGUUUGGAUUUGAUAUCCCGCUUUAUCACUACCCGAAGGAGUCUCAAAGAGGCUAGCAUUCUCCUUUCCCUUCCUCUCCCACAACAAACACUCUGUGAGGUGAGUGGGGCUGAGAGACUUCAGAGAAGUGUGACUGGCACAAGGUCACCCAGCAGCUGCAUGUGGAGGACACAAGAAUUGCCCACCCGAGAAGAAUGGCAGAGGAAAGUGAUGGACUAUAUGGAACUGGCUGAGAUGACCGGCAGAAUUCGAGAUCAGGAAGAAGGGUUGAUGGAAGAAGACUGGAAAAAAUUUAAAAUAUAUCUUCAGAAACACUGUAAUAUAAAAGAAUGUUAGAAAAGGUUGGAGAAGAAUACUAGACCGUAUUGGCAGACAGGGUAUAAUGGAAUAAGUAAAUAUGAAGUGUAAAAUGAGGAUAGAGGAGAAUUAAAUACUUUCGAAUGUUAAAAUAAGUAAAAGAAAAGAAGGUUAGAAGGAUUUGCUGGAGAUACAAUUUAAACUAGAAUACAAAGCAGGGAGGUGAGAGGAAGUCAUGGAAAUAAGUAAAUGAGAAAAUGGUUGUAAUGGUCUAAUUUGAUUUUUGUCAUUUUUUACUGUGAUUUUUUGUCUUUUUUAUUUCUUUUUUACUGUCUGUUUUUUGUAAGAUGUAUGUGGUUUGUUUUUUUUUCUAUAUCUUUUUUUGUAACUUUAAAAUUGGAAUAAAUAUUCUUUAAAAAAAAAAUUAGUGGGAAAUUGCAAAAACAAACAAACAAACAAACAAAACAAAUACACAGGAUCAAUAUUCAGAUUCCACUAGCUCUUGUGUUACUGAAAUAACGAUCACAUGCUUUCUCUGCCUGGGGCCCCUGAUCCUAGAAAUGCUGAAUUUUUUUAUUUUUAUUUUAUUAUUAUUAUUAUUUGGUCAUCUUUUGAGAGAAAUGGGCUGCCACACGGUUCAGAUGUCAAAUGCAGAAGGCAUCUUAGUGUAAUGGAAGUUUUGAUCCAAACCGUAUCAUUUUAAUAACUAUCCUUUAUAAACAAAUUCUUUUGCAGACUAGCCAAGCUACCCAAAUAUUUACUUUUGGAAAACGUCAAAGGCUUCGAAACAUCUUCUGCUAGGUAUGGUGAAAUAUACCAAGUCGCAAAGUGAUUUCAUGCUCUUUGUUGCAGCUCGUCAACAGUGAAUGAAUUUUCCCCAAAACCUCAGGCUUUUAUACACAUUAUUUACACAACGGGUCCCGUCUGAUUGGCUGAUUCUGCUUCCCUGCUGGAUCCUGAUUGGGCUGCUCCCACAGGCCAAUCAGGUUAUUGCAUUCUAGGAUCCUAUCUACCUAUUGUUCUAGGAUCCAAGCUCAGUAAAUAACAUUUGGUGGAAUUACUUAUUUUCUUAUUUGCUGGAGGGGCGGGAGAGAAUCACAGAUAUGAUGCAAAAGGUCUCUUCAGGCUGGAAAAUGUUGUUUUCGGGGGGGGGGGCGGGGCGGAGAGAUUUGACAUAGAAAAUAUAAUAUCUGCUUUGGAAGGAGGCUUUUGGUGGUCAUCUAAGUCCGGGUGACUCAGCGUAACAGUUUGCAAGUAGAAAAUAUACAUAGCACAACACUUGAGGCAUUUAACUUGUCAUAGUCCAAUUCAUUGUUUUUUAAUAUGUAUAUAUGUAUUGUAUUGCCAGAGAUGAACUCAUACGAACACUAGAGAAGUGUGGAUUUACAUAUCAAGAAUUUCUCUUGUCUCCAACUUGCGUGAGUAAUGUCAUAACCAAAAACAAAUCGAACUCUAAAAGUUCCCAUGUAGAUCUACGCUUUUUGUGUGUGAAAAAGAUGACUGGAUAGUCAGUCUUUUACGUAGUGUUACUGUGGGGUCAGAAAUGAUUAUUGAGCCUGUUUUUAUAUAAAAUAACCAGCUAUAUUCGCUUCUUUAUAAAAUUGUGCUUGCUGUCUCUGUUUCCCUGUUGGAGAAUCUAUCAGGUGUUAUGCUAAGGAAAGCCAGUUUGCAGUCCAUCAACCUGGCCUUUUGAAGUUGAAUUUCUCCCGUUGUCUAUUUGUCAGUAAAGGGACCCCUGACCAUUAGGUCCAGUUGCAGACGCCUCUGGUGCUGCGUCGCUCAUCUCGCUUUAUUGGCUGAGGGAGCCAGCGUACAGCUUCUGGGUCAUGUGCCCAGCAUGACUAAGCCACUUCUGGCGAAACCAGAGCAGCGCACGGAAACGCCAUUUACCCAUAGCUGUCCCUUUUUUAAAGGGAAAUUUCCUUAUUCCAAAUAGGAUUCCUCGCAAGAAAAGGGUAAAGUUGACAGCUAUGCAUUUACCUCCCACCUAUUUAUCUACUUGCACUUUGACGUGCUUUUGAACUGCUAGGAUGGCAGGAGCUGGGACCGAGCAACAGGAGCUCAGCCCGUUGUGGGGAUUCGAACCGCCGACCUCCUGAUCAGCAAGCCCUAGGCUCAGUGGUUUAACCCACAGUGCCACCCGCGCGUCUAUUUGUUAGGGACUCAUUAAUUACCUCUUACCAGCUCGUUUGGAAUGUGUUAAGGCAGGGGUCAGCAACCUUCUUCAGCCGUGGGCCAGUCCACCAUCCCUCAGACCAUGUGGUGAUCUGGACUAUAUUUUGAAGAAAAAAAAUGAAUGAAAUCCUAUGCCCCACAAAUAACUCAGAAAUGCAUUUUAAAUAAAAGCACACAUUCUACUCAUGUAAAAACACGCUGAUUCCCUGACUGUCCGCGGGCCAGAUUGAGAAGGCGAUUGGGCCAGAUCCAGCCCCCAGGCCUUAGGUUGCCUACCCCUGCAUUAAGGAGUCAUUUUAUUGCUCAAGGCCUGUAGAUAGCAAAGAGGCACCUAAGAGUGAAAGAUUUACAAUCCAAGGUAACAAGGAGAAUUAGGAGAUGCUGAGUUAAGAAAGUAAAGUAAAGGUAAAGGGACCCCUGACCAUUAGGUCCAGUCAUGGACGACUCUGGGGUUGCGGCGCUCAUCUCGCUUUAUUGGCCGAGAGAGCCGGUGUACAGCUUCUGGGUCAUGUGGCCAGCAUGACUUCUGGCGAACCAGAGCAGCACACGGAAACGCCGUUUACCUUCCCGCCGGAGCGGUACCUAUUUAUCUACUUGCACUUUGAUGUGCUUUUGAACUGCUAGGUUGGCAGGAGCAGGGACUGAGCAACGGGAGCUCACCCCGUCGUGGGGAUUCGAAUCACCGACCUUCUGAUUGGCAAGUCCUAGGCUCUGUGGUUUAACCCACAGCGCCAUCCGCAUCCCUUUGUUAAGAAAGUACGCACGUGUAAAUAUCUCAUGAAUAUCAAAAGACACAUCCCUUGUCCUUAAAUUACUAAUUUAAAUGUACAUGGGAUGUAUGUGACUGUAUGUGACUUGUGGGGGACACAUGUCAAGGAACAGAAGGAGCAGACCCUGAACUGGGCAUCGUCAGCUGCAAGUUCUUAACCAAAAGAAAUUAGGGGAGGGACAAAAGGGGAGACAGGGGGGAAACGCAGUUUUAAAAGCCUGAUGUAGGCGUCCUCAUGGCCGGCCAACCUUCUUCUGUACCCUUAUUCAAUUGAAUUAAACAAUGUUUUGGAUCUCCUGCCUACAGGCUCUUAUUGGUGUCAGCAGUGCCUGGAACAAUUUAAGGUUUGAUUAGCAGACCCCAACAUUACUACCCGGAUCAAGGCUACUCCAACUAGGGUUUGAUGAUGAUGAUGAUGGCAUUAGUACCCUGCCCAUCUGACUGGGUAAACCCAGCCACUCUGGGUGGCUUCCAGCAUAUAUAAUAAUAAUAAUAAUAAUAAUAAUAAUAAUAAUAAUAAUUUAUUAUUUAUAACCCGCCCAUCUGGCUGAGUUUCCCCAGCCACUCUGGGCGACUCCCAAUCACAUGUUAAAAACGAUACAGCAUUAAAUAUUAAAAGCUUCCCUAAACAGGGCUACCUUCAGAUGUCUUUUCAAGAGAAGAUAGCUAGUUAUUUCCUUCACAUCUGAAGGGAGGGUGUUCCACUGGGCGGGCGCCACCACUGAGAAGGCCCUCUGCCUGGUUCCCUGUAACUUGGCUUCUUGCAAUGAGGGAACUGCCAGAAGGCCCUUGGAGCUGGACCUCAGUGUCCUGGCAGAACGAUGGGGGUGGAGACGCUCCUUCAGGUAUACAGGACCGAGGCCGUUUAGGGCUUUCAAGGUCAGCACCAACACUUUGAAUUGUGCUCGGAAACGUGCUGGGAGCCAAUGCAGAUCUCUCAGAACCGGUGUUAUGUGGUCCCGGCGGCCGCUCCCAGUCACUAGUCUAGCUGCCGCAUUCUGGAUUAAUUGCAGUUUCUGGGUCACCUUCAAAGGUAGCCCCACGUAGAGCGCAUUGCAGUAGUGCAAGCGGGAGAUAUGAAAAAACAUAAUAGAACAUUGAAAAGCGUCCCUUUACAGGGCUGCCUUCCCUCUGCCUGGUUCCCUGUCGCUUCACUUCUCGCAGUGAGGGAACCGCCAGAAGACCCCCCCCCUGUUUAGGACAGUGUUAUUGUUUUGUUAUAAUAAAACCUGGCAUUUUGAUAACUUGGCUGUUCUGCAUGCUGUGGGCCUCGGUUACUUAUUGCAGUCUUUUCCUUGCAGCUUGGCAUCCCAAACUCAAGACUAAGGUAUUUCCUGAUCGCAAGGCUUCAGUCGGAGCCUUUUCCUUUUCAAGACCCUGGUAAGGUGAGGCUGUAGCCUUCUUAGACUUUACCGACUGGUGGGGUCUGUAUUGCUCCCGGACGGGAGGAAGGAAGUCAAAUGACACCGAAUAGCAGAAGGCACUUGCGUGGUCAAGUCCAAAGAAAUGAGAAAUUUCAUGCAGUAUAUAUAUCCUCCAGGCACCCUCUUCCCCCUUCCCCAGGAAUCCAGCCACGUCAGCUUAUACACGCAGGUUGACAUCACACAUGUACCUGCUCCAGUACUCUUAACCAUAAAAGGGUGUUCCCCUUCCUGUAUUCCUUAUCUUGGGGUAAGAAGGUCUCCUGGCGCUGUUCCCGGACUAGGUCUGUACGUCAGAGUGUGGUCAGGAUGUAAGAUAAGACCCAGACAUGCCAUCCCUGCUCCACUGGAACAGCCAAAGCCAUCCAUUGUCGUCACGGACUGAUAAAGGAGAGCGCUUUGAGCACUUGUUUAUACAGCUGGGUUUUGGCUCAAGAGCUCAAGGUAAAGCAUUUUAGAAAUGGUCCUUUGGAGAAGGAAAAAUGCGGAUUUUGGGGCCCGUUCCAGACUGACUACACAGUCAGGUUUUUAGAUUUGGGAAACCCAUUCCUUCAAGGCUGUUUUCUCUGUUCUUCGCAAUACCACAGCUUAGCUCGGCGCAGUAGCCAAAGACAGGGAGGCAUAAACCUGCUGUGAUCUCCUCUCUGGGAGCCAGUGUGGGAAUGUUCAGGGAGGCAGAGAGAGGAUAUAUUGUUUAAUGAUAUUCUUCCUAACUUGUGUUAGCAAGUUCUAUGUCUUAGCAGAGUUUAAACAUCCCCCUUUAAAUGCACAGCGGUUUGCUUGUUGCAGUUUCGUCUGAACCUCUCUCUUUAUAAGAUUCCUGGCAAGAUCCCUUCUUGUCCCUCUUAAAAAGAAUAUACAUGACAAUCUUAUUAAAGCGAAUAUAAGUUCCUUUUUAACCAGUCCUUUUAACCAGUCCUUUGGUUGACCUGAUCAACAUCCCAUUCGCUUUUAAAAUCGCUCAGAAUUGGAAAUCAGAGAUCUUCCCGACAAAGAAAGAUUGGCGGAUUGUUGAUGGAGUACAGCCAAGAUGGAUUGACAGGGCAGAUAAGAGAUCAAAUGAAACAAAAAUUCAAAAAUGAUUGGAAUAUAUUUAAACAGUAUCUGAAAGUCCAUUAUGGAGAAUUAAAUUUUUUGACUGGUUUAGAAUAACUCCUGUAAGGAAAAAUAUUAAAAUAUAGAGGGAAAGUAGGUUUUCAAAUAUAUAGAUACAUGAUGAUGGGUAUUCAACUAAAAAAAUAAUAAUAGAGGACCCAAGUAAGAAGGGGAGGGGAGUCAAGUGCAAAUGGAAUACAAAUGAAUUAAAUGAUUGAGUACAUAUUUUUGUUUUCUUUAUUAUGUUUUAGAAUCACAUGCUUAGUAACGGGAAAGUUGAGAUGUUACAAAGUGAUUUCAUGGAUGUUUGUCAAAAGAAACUAAGAAAGAUGAAUUGCAAAAAUAAAAAUAAAAAAGAUCAAAUAAUUUGGAGCAGUUCAGCAAUGACAGUCAGACAGACAGUGGGUUUUUACUUAAACACAGAAGAGAUAAAACUUCCUUAAUUUGCUUGCACGUUUUUGUUUCAUGUUCAGAUACUGACAGAUUUCCCAAGCCAGGAGCCAGCGAGUUCAGAGACGUCCAGAGUUCCUGCAGCCUCAGCCGAGCACAGCUCCCCAAAGGCUGCAAAAGAUCUAGGCUCUGGUUAUGACAAUGAUGGCAAACAACGCCAACAGGACUUCCUUUUCAAGCUUGAAACAGGUUUCCAAACCUUUUUUUUGUAAAUUCACUAUUAGAAACUGUACCUUUGAGUCCUCAAUCCUUUAUUACUGCGCUUUGCUUUACCUAGGUCAAGCUAGGAUUAUAAUACUUCAGAAUUUUGGGGAGUUCUACCCCCUAUUUUUGAAUUUUGGUCAUUUAAAGUUUAUGAUUUUUCUAUUUCGAUUUCUGGGAAUGGAGUUGAGAGACGACCUAACCUGGGGAGAAAACAGCAAAGACCUGAUGAAGAGAGCACAGCAGAGGUUAUAUUUUCUGAGAAUCCUCCGGAAAAACAAUCUCUCAAAGGACCUGUUGAUGGCAUUUUACCAUUGUACUGUGGAGAGCAUUUUAACUUAUGGUCUGUGUGUGUGGUUUGGGAGCUACACGGUCAGGGGAAAACCAAUGCUGUCCAGGGUUGUAAAGACUGCGGAGAGAAUAAUUGGGUGCACUCUUCCCACCUUGGAUCAAAUCUAUGCUUCCAGGUGCCAUAAGAAAGCUGCAGAGAUAGCGCAGGAUAGUGCGCACCCCGGAAAUGAUCUCUUUCAGCUUCUGCCUUCUGGAAGAAGGUCCAGGGUUAUAAAGACCAGGACUAGCCGCCUGAGAGACAGUUUCUACGCAAAUGCAAUUCUGGUUCUAAACGCAGCAUAAGGGGUCUCUAGUAUAGCGUAUUUUUAAAUGGGGUUUCAGAGUUUUUUAGGGGUUUUUGAAUGUUUUAUGUAGUUUUAUGUAGUUUUGUAGUAGUUUUAUGUAGUUUUUCAAUUUCAUUGUUCUGCAUGGGACAAUGACAAUAAAGAUAUCGUAUAUCUUAUUUCAUUCUGAGGAAAGUGAAAUGAGGUUUGUAGCUGGCAUCCCUUUAAGGCUUUGUCCAAUUUUAGGUUUUCUCAUUUUUUCCCUUCAGCUUUUUGAUUUUUUUUAUUAUUUAGUUUACUUCCACAAGAUAAUAUUUCUAGUCGAUUAUUUCUCGGUUCAGGGAUUUUUCACGGUAUUUCAUUUGUUUUGUGCAACUGAAACAGCGGAACAGCUGAAAAGGAAACAGCAAGUGGACAGGGACCUCUCUGUGCAAAUGCUAAAAGCGUACCUCCAAGAUGACGACGAAAAAAUGAAUCAGUACUUCCUGCCUGCAAAGUCCUUACUGCGUUACGCUUUCCUUCUAGACAUCGUCACCCCCUCUUGCAGAAGAUCGACGUGCUUCACGAAAGGGUAAGCGUCUCUUGAAAUUACGAGUUGGUGCAGUUUCCCAAAUUUGGGUCUCCAGCUGUUUUUGGGCUACAACUCCCAUCGUCCCCAGCUAGCAGGACCAGCGGUCAGGGAUGAUGGGAAUUGUAGUCCCAAAACAGCUGGAGACCCAAGUUUGGGAAACACUGAGUUGGGGGAAUAUGAUCAGAAUAUUAAAGGUUUUGACCUUUAAAGCCCUAUGCAGCCUAGGACCCACGUACUUACGGGACUGCCUCUCCUGUAAUGCCCCAGGGAGGACCUUAAGGUCCACAAAUGACAACACUUUGGAGGUCCCAGGUCUCAAGGAGGUUAGAUUGGUCUCAACUAGGGCCAGGGUCUUUUCAGCACUGGCCCCGACAUGGUGGAACGCUCUUUCACAAGAGACUAGGGCCCUGCGGGACUUGACAUCUUUCCUCAGGGCCUGCAAGACAGAGCUGUUCUGCCUGGCCUUUGGUUUGGACUCAGUCUGACCCUUAUGUUUCCCUCCCCUUAUGGUCUUGAUUUAUCGGCUACUUUUAAAAUGAGGCUGCAUUUUAAAUUGCAUUUUAAUCUGUAUUUUAAAUUGUUCCCCCCCCCAUGAUGUUUUUACUGUGAUUUUAUUGGUGUUAGCCGCCCUGAGCCUGGGGUAUAAAUAAAAUUUUUUAUUAUUAUUUAUUAUAAUUAUGUCAGAAUACAAUAUUUUCUUUGUAGCUUUCUUUUUUAAAAGCUAGCCAAUAAACCAGACUCUUCUGGAACACACCCUUCCUAAAUGCGCUGUCUCCUCUGUCUCCUUGGUUGCUGUACAGCACACACCCCCUGGUGUCACAUUUUAAUCACGUUAAGAGUGGAAUAUCAUCAGAACCAUUCCUAACUUUAAAAAAAAAAAAAGGUUUUUGUUUAUAUUUUUCAAGUUAAUACAUUUCAUUAGUUUGACAAUCAAUUUCACAUUUCAAAGUUUGACUUCCUUCCCCGUCUUUCUUCAGUUCCUUGCAUUUUUUCUUCUGCAUAUCCAGAGUCAUUUACAGUGGUGCCCCGCAAGACGAAUGCCUCGCAAGACGAAAAACUCGCUAGACGAAAGAGUUUUCCGUUUUUUGAGUCGUUCCGCAAGACGAAUUUCCCUAUGGGCUUGCUUCGCAAGACGAAACGUCUUGUGAGUUCUUGCAAGUUUGCUUCCUUUUUCUUAAAGCCGCUAAGCCGUUAAUAGCCGCUAAGCCGCUAAUAGCCGUGCUUCGCAAGACGAAAAAACCGCAAGACGAAGAGACUCGCAGAACGGAUUAAUUUCGUCUUGCGAGGCACCACUGUAAUUUGCUCAUUUAAUUAUCUGCUUUAUAUAUAUACUGUUAUAUUAUUAUUAUUAUUAUUAUGAGCAGACUAGGCUGUGAGAACACCCAGCCCAAACGAGGGCUCACAAAGGACAAUGUUGAAUGGCUUUCAAAUAAACUGAGCUACCCCGAGAGCAAAAUGAUGCUAUUGGGUUGUUGUUUUGGGGCAAAAUAAUUUGUUAAUGCACUUUGUAUGGUUUAUUCAAGACGGACGAUGCAUUAUGCAGCAUAAUGUACCUACUCCUCAUCAAACUGCCACUUAUUCUCAGCUUGUUAGGUAUCACGAAUGUCAACAAAAGUAUGACUUUUUCUAGUCGAAUAUCAAGAGGGCUUCCAAACAGGAGCUUCCAACAGGCGGUUGGAGGAUGGAUGGCAGCUAACAGAUUGAGGUUGAAUCCUGACAAGACAGAAGUACUGUUUUGGGGGGACAGGGGGAGGGCGGGUGUGGGGGACUCCCUGGUUCUGAAUGGGGCAACUGUGCCCCUGAAGGACCAGGUGCGCAGCCUGGGAGUCAUUCUGGACUCACAGCUGUCCAUGGAGGCGCAGGUCAAUUCUGUGUCCAGGGCGGCUGUCUACCAGCUCCAUCUGGUACGCAGGAUGAGACCCUCCCUGCCCACAGACUGCCUCGCCAGAGUGGUGCAUGCUCUAGUUAUCUCCCGCUUGGACGACUGCAAUGUGCUCUAUGUGGGGCUACCUUUGAAGGUGACCUGGAAACUGCAGUUAAUCCAGAAUGCGGCAGCUAGACUGGUGACUGGGAGCGGCCACCGGGACCACAUAACACUGGUUCUAAGAGAUCUGCAUUGGCUCCCAGUACGUUUCCAAGCACAAUUCAAAGUGUUGGUGCUGAACUUUAAAGCCCUAAAUGGCCUCGGUCCAGUAGACCUGAAGGAGCGUCCCAGACACUGAGGUCCAGCUCCGAGGGCCUUCUGGCGGUUCCCUCACUGCGAGAAGUGAGGUUACAGGGGACCAGGCAGAGGGCCUUCUCGGUAGUGGCGCCUGCCCUGUGGAACGCCCUCCCAUCAGAUGUCAAAGAGAUAAACAACUACCUGACAUUCAGAAGACAUCUUAAGGCAGCCCUGUUCAGGGAAGUUUUUAAUGUGUGACAUCUUAGUGUAUUUUUUGUCUCUGUGGAAGCCGCCCAGAGUGGGUGGGGAAACCCAGCCAGAUGGGCGGGGUACAAAUAAUAAAUUAUUAUUAUUAUUAUUAUUAUUCCUCAGCGAGGUUGGUAGCUCUAUCAAACUGCUUUUCGAGACUUUGUAGAAUGGAAGUCUGAAAGGGAGAACAUGACAGACAGCAUGAAAUUCCUGGCUUUGGAGUGUAAAUAGGGCAACCAGCGAAUAAAAUCCUAUUUAGAUUGAGUGCAUUGUAUGGUCUUCUAUUUUUUAAGUUCAGACUGGCUAAUUUUCCACACACACACAGAUUGGCUGCAUUCGAUAAUAAUGUUUCUUGCAGAUUCUUUCGCAAGUUCUGUCUUCUUAACCUCUGCACUCCAUCAAUUCUGGAAAUCUCACCAGAAUCUUAAUACCUUGCUCAAUUGAUUUUUUUUUUUAAGGUAUGGUCACUAUAUAGAAGGAACUGGCUCCGUGUUGCAGACAGCAGAGGAGAUUCAGGUACAGUGGUCUCAUUUAUAUAUAUAGUUUUGAGGUGUAUUUAGGUGUGUUUUCAGAGCUUUCCUCCGGAUGUAUAAGCAGCAAAACACUUUGAAGAAAUCAACCCGGAAUCCCAUAUUUAAUCAAAUAAAAAUAUGGGUUAUGUACAAUCACAAAGAGAAACCUUUUCAAUGUAUGGAGUGUGGAAAGCUUCAGUGAAAAUGGAAAACUUCGUGUACAUCAACGAACUCACACCGGGGAGAAACCCUAUAAAUGUAUGGAUUGUGGAAAGAGCUUCAGCAAGAGUGGAGUGCUUAGAAAUCAUCAGCUGACUCUUACAGGGGGAGAAACCAUAUACAUGUUUGCAGUGUGGAAAAAGCUCAAUUCGUAGUGGGAAACUCACUGUGCAUCAACAAAGUCACACUGGGGAGAAACCAUUUAAAUGUAUGGAUUGUGGGAAGUGUUUCAGUGAGAGAGGAGCUCUUAGAAAACACCAACGAACUCACACGGGGAGAAACCAUUUAAAUGUUAUCAUGCUUGAACAUCAAAGCAGCAGAAAUAUGAGAUGACUGGACCCUUACUGAACUUGAAGCAUGGAUACCCCCAACAAAAAUUUAAAAAAUUCGGCAAAAUAUUUGGAUUUUAUGAUAUGUAUUGGUAUAAUUCGGAUUAACUAAUGUGAUAUGAUUGGAUUGUUAAAUGGAAAACUUAAUAAAAAUUAUUUUUUAAAAAAAUGUUAUCAUGCUUAUGAUAGAAUUUUAUUCUCUUGUUAAUUACCGUAUUUUUUGCUCUAUAAGACUCACUUUUUCCCUCCUAAAAAGUAAGGGGAAAUGUGUGUGCGUCUUAUGGAGUGAAUGCAGGCUGCGCAGCUAUCCCAGAAGCCAGAACAGCAAGAGGGAUUGCUGCUUUCACUGCGCAGCGAUCCCUCUUGCUGUUCUGGCUUCUGAGAUUCAGAAUAUUUUUUUUCUUGUUUUCCUCCUCCAAAAACUAGGUGCGUCUUGUGGUCUGGUGCAUCUUAUAGAGCGAAAAAUACGGUAUGCUGUUUUAAAUGUGUGUUUUAUAUUUGACUUCACUUAGCAAUGUUUGUUUAAAAUUAUUAAUUUUUGCUAACUUUGUGUUAUAUAUGUAUUCUGUAGCUUACCUCCUUUGUAAUGUUUUAUUUUGAAAUCUUUUAAGGUAAUAUUUUAGUUCCCUGUUAAUUAUGUUGCUUUGACUGUAUACUUUGUAUUUGUCUUUUUUCAGAAAUGUUUGAUUGUGGAUUGUUUUACUGAUGUUUUCAUAUGCUGCAAACUGCUUUGAGAUUUUUCUUAGAAUAUAAAGCAGUAUAGAAAUGAAAUAUAAUAAUAAUAAUAAUAAUAAUAAUAAUAAUAAUAGCUUGCCCCUUACAUUCCUGGACCCCUGUGGGUGCCUGAAGGAAAACCUGCUUCUUGGACCAUCUCUUCCUUCCCAUUUUGGAACCCAAAAUCCGAUGAGCCUGUGGCAAUUAAAGUUUCAACUCAGCUCCUAAAGGCUCCUUCAGGGAGUGUUGUGGCAAAUGUGGUAUGCAAUCAAUUGCUAAAGAAGAAACGCAUAGGAAUUCUGUAAAGCGAUUGGUUCACCCCAGAGGUGUUAACUUUUGCGUUUUCCCACAGCUGGAAUCAGUGUUCAAAUCCUUCGAGGGUUUGUCCAAAGACGAGAAGCUUACGAAGCUGUUGACGCUUAAACUGCGGUACUUUACGCCAAGAGAAAUAGCAAAUCUACAGGGAUUUCCUCCUGAAUUUGGUACGUGCCCAGUUAAACUACUACUGCAAAUGCUAAUUGUUGAAUAGUGGAAAAGAUGGACGAAGGACACAGCUCUGUUGGAUUCACAGCUCUUUAUUGCAGCAGUUAGAACUGCUCCUGGAAUCAGACCGACUGCAGCCUAGCUGGCUGUUUUAUAUACUACUAAGUAACUUGAAACAGGGGGACACGGGUGGUGCUGUGGGUUAAACCACAGAGCCUAGGGCUUGCCGAUCAGAAGGUCGGUGGUUCGAAUCCCCACAAUGGGGUGAGCCCCUGUUGCUCGGUCCCUGCUCCUGCCAACCUAGCAGUUCAAAAGCACGUCAAAGUGCAAGUAGAUCAAUAGGUACCACUCCGGCGGGAAGGUAAACGGCGUUUCCGUGCAUAGAACUUCACUGCUAGAAAUAUGAAGUUGUUGCGCUUGGAACUGAGAAAAUUCCUACGAUGGAGGGAACUUGCAUUUGCUUUUAAUUAUCUGUUGUUUUUUGCUUGUCAUAGGUUUUCCUGACAAAGUAACCACAAAGCAGCGAUACCGCCUGCUGGGAAACAGCCUCAAUGUACACGUGGUUUCUAAAUUAAUCUCGAUUCUGGUCGGGUAA